AAUUCGUGUGCACUCCUUAUUUCUCCGACAGGCGUCCUCUGUCUUCAAAGCCAAACUAGGCCCCAACUUCAAGGAAAGGUCAAAAUCUCGAUUCUGACCAUCCCAAGGAGAGUCUAUUGCCGGAAGACAACCCUAAUGCUAUCGAGGUUCUAUGCAGAAUCAUCCACCACAGGCUACCUUCGCUCUAUAUGCCUUCGCUGCAACGGUUGCCGGUGGUCAUCGCGGCGGACAGAUACGAUACUUUUGAGGCGAUAAAGCCAAUGCUCCACCAUUGGUUGUCAGUUCCCUCAUUUAUCAUAGUACUUCCUAAUGUGGACGCUCCAAAUUGGGACUUUUCAAACAUUGACGUUGAGGAGGUUGUGGAGCUUCUUGAUAAAUUGGCAGCGGCAUACCUUUUCAAGGAUGGCGAUCAUUUCAACAAGAUCUCUCGCUCGCUAUGCCAUGAACAUCAAGGAUCUAUCGUGAAUUUGGUACCUAAGAGAAUAUCCGAUGUGGUUCCGUGGGGUCUCCUCUGCCUACUUCAAGCGCUACGAUUCCAGCUACAACCCCAGCUAUUACGUCUCUUGAAAACCGUCAUCAACUCUCUGCGCUCCGGAUUGACACCAUGCAGUGCAUGCGGAUGGCCGAAGCAUGCAUAAAGCGCAUACAUGGAUGCAGUCGCAGCAUUUGAGCCCGGAUUGUAUACUGAGUGGGGGGAACACUCUAUCCUUUCCUUCUUGCAAAAUCUCAUGGCAAUGGAGAUUAAGAAGCUGGGGCAUUG